AUGGCUGUCACCUACCUGUCUCCAGUGACCCCUGAAGUGACUGUCAAAAGGGCCAGCUGGGAGCUGGUGGCCAGCGAGAAAGGUGGCUUCAUGGAGACCAAGGUCAGGGUGGGUCGGGUCGUCAGCGCCUGCCUUGGACCCGUCUUCCUGGGGUGGUUCCAGAGGACUCUGCGGAUUAGAGCCAUGCUGGGUGGCGGUGGUGGUGGCUCAGGUAAGACUCGCACCAAGGACAAGUACCGCGUGGUCUACACGGACCACCAGCGCCUGGAGCUGGAGAAGGAGUUCCAUUACAGCCGCUACAUCACCCUCCGGCGGAAAUCCGAGUUGGCUGCCAGCCUGGGGCUCACGGAGCGGCAGGUGAAGAUUUGGUUCCAAAAUCGGCGGGCAAAGGAGCGAAAGGUGAACAAGAAGAAACAGCAGCCCCUGCCGCCGCCUGUGGCCCAUGAUGUCAACCCCGCCCCAGCCGAGCCACCCCUGGGGGGCCUGUGCCCUGGCAGCUCCAGCCUCCUGGGCGCCUCCUCCCCAGCACCUGUCAAAGAAGAGUUUCUGCCAUAG